AUGGAUAGCGACACGCUCCCUGCAAAAGGUCCGAGGCGCAAUUCCCUAAAGCAGCGGAACAUGCUGCUCAGUAUGAGAUUGAACCAUGACGCUUCACUGGUUAACCCAACUCCGAAAGGGCGUACCAGAGCGCAAGACAGAGUUAGCAAGAAUAAUAACCAAGUAAAAUCGCCUGUUAGUAGGAAUAAUGGAACAGUUGUUAGGAAAGAAGUGCAAGAAAAUACAGAAGCUCGAGUUGGCACUCCUAACGUCCAGAAAAAUAGGUCAGGAAUUCACAGGGUUCUAAGGAACGCAAGACCUAAACUUCAAAGUUUAAAGCUAGCGGAUUUCGAGUUUGGAAAAACUUUGGGGAAGGGCAAGUUUGGAAAGGUAUAUUGUGUUAAGCACCUUCCUAGUGGGUUUAUAUGUGCCUUGAAGGCCAUGGAAAAGAAGGAGAUAAUGCAGUAUAACAUCGAAAAACAAUUUAGGCGGGAAGUUGAGAUACAAGCAUCUUUACGACAUCCAAAUCUGACGCAAUUGUAUGGCUAUUUUCACGAUGAAAAACGUGUCUAUCUGGUUAUGGAAUACUUGGUUAAUGGUGAACUGUACAAACAAUUGAAAGGUCGCUCCCAUUUUAGCGAUGUUGUAGCAUCUUACUAUGUUUACCAGAUGGCAGAUGCAUUGGAUUAUAUGCAUGAAAGAAAUAUUUUACACAGGGAUCUCAAGCCUGAGAAUAUAAUAAUUGGCUUCAGCAAUACAAUCAAGUUGACUGAUUUCGGCUGGAGUGUCAUAAAUAACAAGGGUUCUAAACGAAAGACUCUCUGCGGAACGGUUGAUUACCUAUCACCAGAAUUAAUAAAAUCUCGAGAAUAUGACGAGCAGGUGGAUGUUUGGGCACUAGGAGUGCUGACAUUUGAACUUCUUGUUGGCUCGCCGCCAUUUGAGGAGGAAUCCAAGGAAUUGACUUACAAAAGAAUUCUAAAACGGGAUUUGGUCUUCCCAGAUCAUGUAACACCAGAAGCACGGCAUUUAAUUAGUAGACUGCUGGAAUACGAUCCUGCUAACAGAAUUCCUUUGAAAGAUGUGAAAACUCAUCCUUGGGUGUUAAAAAAUAAGCAGUAUUGGUGA